GUUCUAUGGGCGUUAGUAGCGGAAUCCAGCAGGCGGUAUAAAAGAUGCGGCUGCGCGCGCAGGCUGCAGACGCGCUGAGGACGUGCAUCGCAGUGACAGCGGGAGAAAGCAGCUGAGAAGAGGCGAACUCUGAAAAGUGUUAUCAGGCAGCAGAAACCAUGUCGAAGGGACCAGCAGUUGGAAUUGAUCUUGGCACCACAUACUCAUGUGUGGGUGUCUUUCAGCAUGGCAAAGUUGAAAUCAUUGCCAAUGACCAGGGUAAUCGGACCACACCCAGUUACGUCGCCUUCACUGACACUGAGAGGCUGAUUGGAGAUGCUGCCAAAAAUCAAGUUGCCUUGAAUCCUACCAACACAGUGUUUGAUGCAAAAAGGCUGAUUGGACGGAGAUUUGACGAUCCGGUUGUUCAUUCCGACAUGAAACAUUGGCCAUUCAAAGUAAUCAAUGAUGCCUCACGCCCUAAAGUUCAAGUUGAAUACAAAGGAGAGACCAAAACAUUUUUUCCAGAGGAGAUCUCCUCAAUGGUGCUUGUAAAGAUGAAAGAAAUUGCAGAAGCUUAUCUUGGAAAGUCUGUCACAAAUGCAGUCAUUACAGUACCUGCAUAUUUCAAUGACUCUCAGCGACAAGCUACAAAAGAUGCAGGGACCAUUUCUGGACUAAACGUCCUUCGGAUCAUCAACGAACCAACUGCAGCCGCCAUCGCAUAUGGCCUGGACAAGAAAGUGGGAGCAGAAAGAAACGUCCUGAUCUUUGAUCUCGGUGGUGGAACUUUUGACGUGUCCAUCCUUACCAUUGAAGACGGAAUCUUUGAGGUGAAGUCCACAGCUGGCGACACCCAUCUGGGCGGUGAGGAUUUCGACAACCGCAUGGUCAAUCACUUCAUCACUGAGUUUAAGCGCAAGCACAAGAAGGACAUCAGUGACAACAAGAGGGCUGUGCGGCGUCUGCGUACUGCCUGUGAGCGAGCUAAGCGCACCCUGUCCUCCAGUACUCAGGCCAGCAUCGAGAUCGACUCUCUUUACGAGGGCAUUGACUUCUACACCUCCAUCACCAGGGCUCGCUUUGAAGAACUGAACGCUGACCUGUUCCGUGGCACCUUGGACCCUGUUGAGAAAGCUCUUCGUGAUGCCAAGCUGGACAAGUCCCAAGUCCAUGACAUCGUCCUGGUCGGAGGUUCUACACGAAUUCCAAAGAUUCAGAAGCUUCUACAGGACUUCUUCAAUGGAAAAGAGCUCAACAAGAGCAUCAAUCCUGACGAGGCCGUUGCCUACGGUGCAGCUGUCCAGGCAGCCAUUUUGUCAGGAGACAAGUCAGAAAAUGUUCAGGACCUGCUGCUGCUGGAUGUUACUCCUCUGUCACUGGGUAUCGAGACAGCUGGAGGAGUGAUGACUGUCCUGAUCAAACGAAACACUACCAUCCCGACCAAGCAAACACAGACUUUCACCACUUAUUCAGACAAUCAGCCUGGUGUGCUCAUUCAGGUGUAUGAAGGUGAGAGAGCCAUGACUAAGGACAACAACCUGCUUGGAAAGUUUGAGUUGACGGGCAUUCCUCCUGCACCACGGGGUGUUCCUCAGAUUGAGGUUACCUUUGACAUCGAUGCCAAUGGUAUCAUGAAUGUUUCUGCAGUGGACAAGAGCACGGGCAAGGAGAACAAGAUCACCAUCACCAAUGACAAAGGACGUCUCAGCAAGGAGGACAUUGAGCGAAUGGUCCAGGAAGCAGAGAAAUACAAAGCUGAGGAUGAUGUCCAGCGAGAUAAAGUAGCUGCAAAGAAUGGGCUUGAGUCUUACGCUUUCAACAUGAAGUCUACUGUUGAGGAUGAGAAACUGAAAGGAAAGAUCAGUGAUGAGGACAAGCAGAAGAUCCUGGAUAAGUGCAAUGAGGUUAUCAGCUGGCUGGACAAGAACCAGACUGCUGAGAAGGAUGAGUUUGAGCAUCAGCAGAAGGAGCUGGAGAAGGUGUGCAACCCCAUCAUCACCAAGCUGUACCAGGGUGCGGGUGGCAUGCCAGGUGGGAUGCCCGGUGGAUUCCCAGGGAGUGGUGCUGCACCUGGAGGAGGAUCUUCUGGACCAACUAUUGAAGAAGUUGACUAAACUGUUCAACAUUUUCUUCUAAUUUCUACUCGUGAUGCAGUCAGGUUUUUCUUUGGUGGCAUGUUUCUAAACACAGCUGUAACACCAUUUAUAUUAAGGUGCUGAUUUUCUUUAAAGGCUUACAAGCUAAGUUUGUUACAAGCUCCUGUCAGUUUGUUCACUGAGAAGCACGUUUAUACACAUGUUCCAUAUGUGUCUCACUGUCAUUAACUUCACAAUAAACAACUUGAAGUUCUGACUACCUAUA